CUAAACUUUGAUCCGAGUAUAAUAAUAUGUAUAAUUUUUGUGUCUAUCAGCUGAUAACUCGGAAGCAAAUAUAAACUAAACAUUAGCUUAGAUCACACAGAAUUUAGUGAAAUUACUGACAGUAACGAGCGCGUUCCAUUUUCGCAGGUAUUCCUCGCAACCGGACUAAAAAUUCUAAAAAGUGGCGAAGUUCGAGGGUAAAUUUUUUUCCGCCGUCAACAAUUUUUUUUCCAGCUCGCCGCUGGUCAAUCAAAUCAAAGACUUGAUGACAAGGCAACCGCCUCCAUCCGAAGGCCAACUAAGGACCACCAUGUCUUGCCAAAACGUCCCCGCAGCUCCGGACGCCAGACCGAACGACAUCACCGUCGAGGGCCCCGACGGCGAGUCCCCUCCGAAGCCCGGGGACCGGCCCAGACAGAGCUUCUCCGUCAGGAACAUGCCCGUCUCCCGCAGCCAGAUGAAAGAAUUCCGCGAGGCUUUCAGGCUAUUCGACAAAGACGGCGACGGGAGCAUCACCAAAGAGGAACUCGGCAGGGUGAUGAGAUCGCUGGGGCAGUUUGCUCGCACCGAGGAGCUCCAGCAGAUGCUUCAAGAGGUCGAUAUUGAUGGUGAUGGUAACGUUAGUUUCGAAGAAUUCGUGGACAUCGCCUGGUCAGCGAGCUCCGGGUGCGAUCCCAACCACACGAUAUCCCUUGAAGAGGAGGAAAAGGAACUUAGAGACGCGUUUAGGGUGUUUGAUAAACAUAAUAGAGGGUACAUUUCGGCCUCGGAUCUCAGGGCGGUGCUGCAGUGUUUGGGGGAGGAUUUGUCGGAGGAAGAAAUUGAAGAUAUGAUUAAAGAGGUUGAUGUCGAUGGGGAUGGGCGGAUAGAUUUCUAUGAAUUCGUGAAUGCUUUGGGUGAGCCUGGAAACGAAGACAGCUAUGAUGAUGACGAUGACGAUUACUUGGCGUAUUAUUAAAUCGAUUUUGAUCAAUUAACUUUUAUUGUACCUGUGUUUUUCUGAUCAAAUGCGCCGCCUAACGUUAAAAAUACAAUGAAAGGAUUUACUAAUGUAACUAUUGCUGCUAAAUAAAUAUCGAUUCUUUACUCGAGAUGUCUAAUGUACUUAUACAUAAGUUGAAUGUCUUAAUGUGAAUAAAAGCAUAUAUUGCCCGCU